UGCAACCCCAGCGCGAUGCUCCUCGACCUGCGCCAGGGGCUGGCGGGCGCCUACCAGGAGAUGCUGCACCAGGCGAAGCUGGAGAAGGGCAGCAACGCCAGGAACAAGUACCUGCAGGUGAUCCCUGAUGGAGAGGACAUCUACGACCGGUGUCUGACCCAGGCUGAAAUCCAAGGGAACAUCAACAAAGCCAACGUGCACGGGGUUCUGGAGGAGGUGGACGAUGCCCUGGAGCGACAGGACACACUGGGACUGUUCCGUGCACUGCAGGACCCUGUCCUGGCCCUGCGCUGCCUCCGGCGAGAGAACCUCGACCGGUAUUUGGAGCAGCUCAGCACGGACCGGGAGCAGAAGGCGCUGGGAGUUGCAGAGGGGGGGUCCCCAGCUCGCUACACCCCAUCUCCCCACAUCUCGCAGGCCACAGAGGACGAUGGAGCUGAGCUUUGGUGGGAAGAGAUCCAGGAAGGCGUCCGCAGGGCCAACCAGGACACAGUGGCAGCCAGGAGGAUGGCCCUGGGCACCGCCGCCAUCAACCAGGCGAUCAAGGAGGGGAAGGAGACGCAGACCCUGCAGGUGCUGCACAACCCCGACGUGGGGCUGCGCGGCGUGGUGAGCGCCUGCGCCGCGGCCUACCAGGAGCAGCUUGCGGCUCUGAUGGCCACCAAGAGGCAAGAAGGGACCCCGAAGCCGCGCUGGGUCCGGCACAGGCUGACGGAUGGGGCCGAGUUCUACCUGAGCCUGCAGAGCUUCGAGGGCACCUGGCAGCACCCAUGCGACGGCGGCCUCGUCACCACCCACCUGAGCCGGGAGGAGAUCCAGUCCGUCGUCACCCGAGUGACAGCGGUGCACGCCCGGGAGCAGCUGUGGGCCUCCAACGUCGCCUUCGUGGUGAGGCUGCAGGCCCGGCUGCGGGGCUUCCUGCUCCGGCGGGACUUCGCGGCACGACGGCGCAUCCUGUGGGAGCAGCAGCCGGCCGCCCUCAGGAUCCAGGCUUGUUGGAGAGGGUACAAGCAGCGCAGAGCUUACCUGGAGAGGCUGCGCUACCUGCGAGCCAACGCAGAUGCUGCAGUAAAGAUCCAGGCGGGCGUGAGGAUGUGGCAGGCUCGGAGGAAGUACCAGGAGCGGCUGCGCUACUUCAGGCAGAACAUUAAAGCUGUAAUUAAAAUCCAGGCUUUUGUGCGAGCUAACAAGGCCCGUGGGGAUUACAGGAUGCUGGUCCACGCCAGGAGCCCGCCACUGAGCAUCGUCCGGCGCUUCAUCCACUUGCUGGAGCAGAGCCAGCACGACUUCUGGGAGGAGUCGGAGGUGCUGCGGCUGCAGGAGGAGGUGGUGAAGAGGAUCCGUGCCAGUCGGCAGCUGGAGAGUGACCUGGACCUCAUGGACAUCAAGAUUGGGCUGCUGGUCAAGAACAGGAUCACGCUGCAGGAGGUGGUUUCCCACUGCAAGAAGCUGACCAAGAAGAACAAGGAGCAGCUCUCGGAGAUGAUGUCCAUAGACAAACACAAGGGGCUCAAGUCCCUCAGCAAGGAGAAGCGGCAGAAGCUGGAGGCCUACCAGCAUCUCUUCUACCUGCUUCAGACACAGCCUGUGUACUUGGCCAGGCUGAUCUUCCAGAUGCCCCAGAAUAAGUCCACCAAGUUCAUGGAGUCGGUGAUCUUUACGCUUUACAACUACGCGUCCAACCCGCGGGAAGCUUACCUGCUGCUCCAGCUCUUCAAGGCAGCGCUGCAGGAGGAGAUCAGGUCCAAGGUGGACCACGUCCAUGACAUCCUGACGGGGAACGCCACAGUGAUCCGGAUGGUGGUCAGCUUCUACCGCAACGCGCGCGGGCAGAACGCUCUGCGGCAGAUCCUGGGCGGCCCGGUGCAGGAGGUCCUGCAGGACAAGACCCUCAACAUCCGCACCAACCCCGUGGACAUCUACAAGGCGUGGAUCAACCAGACAGAGACGCAGAGUGGGCAGAAAAGCAAGCUCCCAUACGAGGUCAGCCCCGAGCAGGCUCUCAGCCACCCCGAGGUCCAACGGCGGCUGGAUAUUUCUAUCCGCAACCUCCUCAUGGUGACAGACAAGUUCGUCUCUGCCAUCACCUCUUCUGUAGACAAGAUCCCCUACGGGAUGCGCUACGUGGCCAAAAUCCUGAGGACAUCGUUGGCUGAGAAAUUCCCCACGGCCUCGGUGGAGGAGAUCGACAAGAUCGUAGGGAACCUGCUCUACUACCGCUUCAUGAACCCGGCCGUGGUGGCCCCCGACGGCUUCGACAUCGUGGACAUCUCUGCCGGGGUGACGGUGCCUCCCGACCACCGCCGCAACCUGGGCUCCGUUGCCAAGGUGCUGCAGCACGCAGCCGCCCGCAAGGCCUUUGACGGGGAGAACGCGCAUCUCUGCGGGGUGAACCAGUACCUGGAGGACACCCACCACAAGUUCAGGAGGUUCAUCUCUGCUGCCUGCUGCGUCCCUGAGCCAGAAGAGAGGUUUAACGUGGACGAGUACUCGGAGAUGGUGGCUGUGGCCAAACCAGUCAUCUACAUCAGCGUGGGGGAGCUCAUCAACACGCACAAGCUCCUGCUCGAGCACCAGGACUCCAUCGCGCCGUGCCACGGAGACCCCCUGCACGAGCUUCUGGAAGAUCUUGAUGAGCUUCCUACGGUCCAGUCCCUUGUUGGGGAGAGCAUUUCCAGCCUGGUGGACUGCAGCACUGAGCAGGCGCUCUCCCAGCUCAGCAAAAUGGAGAUUUCCCUCACCCUCACCAGCAAGCUGGUGCUGGCAGCCAGCAGUGAGGAGAAUGACACCAGGAGCUUGCUGCUGAGCACCAAGCAGAUGCUGGUGGACGUGAUCCAGGCCCAGCCAGGAGAUUCCCUCCCGGAGAUCCUGUGGACACCGGCCUCGGAGCAUGAG